AUGAAAAAAUCAUUUCAUUCCCUUGUCUCCACCAUAUUUGCAAUCACCAUCUCCAUUAUCUAUCUCUCUCCAUGUUCCCUUCUUGAAGCUAAUCCUGUCGGAUUUAGUGUGGACCUCAUCCAUCGAGAUUCACCAUCAUCUCCCCUCUACAAUUCUUCUCUAAGUCAUUUUGAACGCGUGAGCAGUGCUUUGCAUCGGUCAACCAAUCGUGUCAAGUAUUAUACACGAGCUUCUACAACACCACAGUCAGCCUACGGUGAUGUAUUUUCUCAGGGUGGAGAAUAUCUAAUGAAAAUAACAAUUGGAACACCACCCGUUAGUAUCCUAGCCAUUGCUGACACUGGUAACGACCUUAUAUGGACGCAAUGUUUGCCUUGUUCUGAUUGUUACAAGCAAAAAGCUCCUUUCUUCAAUCCUAGAAGUUCCUCAACAUACAAAGAAGUUCCUUGUGAUUCAGACAGUGCAUGCCAAACUCUUGGAGGAGCCUUUUGUACUCUUGGUAUUUGUCAGUACGCGGUGCAAUAUGGUGAUGGUUCCUACAGCCAGGGUUAUCUUGCCACAGAAGCGGUCACUUUAAGUUCCACCACUGGGCGACCAGUGUCCCUCCCUAAUAAAAUCAUUUUUGGGUGUGGGUAUGAAAAUGUAGGUUCAUUUAGUGAGAAUGGAUCAGGCAUAAUUGGCCUUGGGGCUGGACCACUUUCUCUUAUUUCCCAAUCGCGGUCUUCAAUUGGUGACAAAUUUUCCUAUUGCUUGGUGCCAUUGUCUUCAGACAACACAAAGUCUAGCCAAAUGAAUUUCGGUCAGAAUGCUAUAGUUUCAGGAAAUGGAGUGGUAUCUACUCCAAUGACUCUAAACAGCUUUUAUUUCUUGACUUUGGAAGGCAUCAGUGUUGGGGGUCAAAGGCUAGAAUUUUACGACUCUUCAUCAUCACCAAAUGCUUCUGGUUCCUUUGAAACUGAUAACAUGAUCAUAGACUCGGGAACAUUAUUGACAUUCCUUCCACCAAAUUUUUACAGCCGGUUAGAAUCAGCAGUUCGUAGUGCAAUUAAAGAGAAACCAAUGGCCGACCCACAACAGCUUUUGGAUUUGUGCUACAAAUUUAGUAAUGAAAUCUCAUUUCCCAUUAUUACAGCACACUUCACCGGUGCAGAUGUGAAAUUGAGUCAUUUGAAUACUUUUAUCGAAACAAGCAGUGACCUUACGUGCUUUGCUUUUGCCCCAGCAUACACGGGAGUUUUUGGUAAAGUCGCACAAACGAACUUCUUGGUUGGCUAUGACCUCCGUAAGGGAAUUGUGUCCUUCAAGCCUAUGGAUUGUGCGAGAGAGUAA